AUGGCGACCACACCAGAAGCCCACCAAUCUCCUCCUUCGCCAAGUCAUCCUCCAUCAUAUGAGAAAGACGCCAAGUAUGAUGUCGAUCUUGAACAAUCUGACCCGAUCGAGGCAAAUGGUCUCUUAGAAGCCCUGGGAUAUGAGCCUGAGCUCACAAGGAAUCGAUCAACCCUCCAGGUGGCUUUCAUGUCUUUCGUUCUCGCAUCCAUUCCAUACGGAUUAUCCACAACAUUCAUUUACCCGCUCUACGGUGGAGGUCCCGUAAAUAUCAUCUGGGGAUGGUUGAUGGUAUCAGCCAUCAUCUUGUGCGUUGGAGCCUCUCUCGGUGAAAUUACUUCAGUCUACCCAACUGCCGGCGGUGUCUACUACCAAACAUUCAUGCUCUCCUCACCCGCUUAUCGAAGGAUCUUUGCCUGGAUUUGCGGGUGGUCCUACGUGGUAGGCAAUGUUAUGAUUACACUCGCUGUGAACUUUGGAUCCUCCCAGUUCAUAGUCGCCUGCGUCAAUGUUUUCGAGUCAUCGCCGGGCGUUGGAGUCCUUGCAGGAGAAACAUAUCAAAUCUUCCUUAUAUUUCUUGCUAUAACCUUGCUGUGCAAUGCUGUUUCGGCAUUCGGUAAUAAGUGGCUUCCUCAUCUUGACACAUUUGCCAUAUUCUGGACCCUCGCCGGUGUCUUGGCUACUGUGAUUUGUGUCUUGGUCAUUGCUAAGAAUGGCAGACAUGACGGUGAGUAUGUGUUUACCAAAUUUGAGCCCCAGUCGGGGUGGCCGGUUGGUUGGUCAUUCUGUGUUGGUCUCUUGCAAGCUGCUUAUGCGACUUCUUCGACUGGAAUGGUCAUAUCAAUGUGCGAGGAAGUUCAAGAGCCAUCCCGUCAAGUCCCCAGGGCCCUUGUCGGCACGAUCAUUCUCAACACACUCGCCGGUCUCCUGUUCCUGAUUCCCUUGGUCUUUGUGCUCCCCGACUCGAAAGAGCUUAUUGCACUCCAGUCUGGUCAGCCCGUUCCCACUAUAAUCAAGUCCGCUAUUGGCAAUUCAGCGGGCACGUUCCUUCUACUGCUUCCGCUCGCUGUUCUCGCUUUACUAUGUGGUAUUGGGUGCACCACAGCUGUAUCGCGAUCUAUAUGGGCAUUUGCAAGAGAUGGGGCCAUUCCCUAUUCCCCAAAAUGGAAAGAAGUGAAUAAAACCCUGGGUGUUCCUUUCAAUGCUAUGAUGCUGGGUAUGGUUAUCGAGAUCGCCCUUGCACUUAUCUACUUUGGAUCGACCACUGCAUUCAAUGCUUUCUCUGGAGUUGGUGUUAUCACUCUAACCGUGAGUUAUGCUUGUCCGAUUGCAGUCUCCUUUAUUGGAGGACGGCAGCAAAUCAAAAACGGAAAUUUCGACCUAGGGAAACUCGGAGUGUUUUGCAAUGUUGUGGCACUAGCCUGGAGCAUUCUGGUUGUGCCUCUGUUCUGCAUGCCGUCAUACAUACCCGUCACAGCAGAGACUGUCAACUAUGCACCAGUGGUCUUUGUCGCCUUUAUCAUUAUGGCUACCGCUUGGUACUGGGCCUGGGGACGAAAGAAGUAUGUUGGACCACCGACUGUUGACGAUGCGGUAAUUGAUAUCCGCCUUGAUGGGUCUUGA